AUGGCUAUUCAAUUGACCUCAUGGGAAAUUUUGUCAGACAUUAUUGGCUGGUCUUACUUUUUCGUUUGGUCCAUAAGCUUCUACCCGCAAGUUUACUUAAAUUUGAAAAGAAAAAGUGUCAAGGGUUUAUCCAUAGAUUUUUUGUUUUAUAAUGUGCUAGGAUUUUUUUGUUACUCGAUUUAUAACUUGUCAUUUUAUUUUAAUAAAGAGAUUCGGGAUGAAUAUCAGCAGAGACAUCCACAUAGUGACAAUAACCUUGUUCGUAUGAAUGAUGUUGUAUUUGCUAUACACGGGUUUAUCAUCUCGCUAUUUGUUCUAUUGCAAAGUUGCGUCUACAAGAAACACGAAACACAGCAAAUUUCGUCAUUUGCUGCAUCAUUUGUAUGGUUGACUGUCAUGGGCUCAGUAUUAGUGAUAUCGACAAUACAUUAUGGUGGUGCCAUAUGGCUCGAUUUCAUGUACUACCUGAGUUCUGUAAAGUUGAUUGUUAGUUUUAUCAAAUAUUUGCCUCAAGUUUGGAUAAACUAUAAACGUCACUCCACUCAAGGUUGGAGUAUUCAGUAUAUUAUUUGGGAUUUAUCAGGUGGUGUUUUAUCCAUCAUUCAAUUACUUUUGGAUGCAUACAUUGAUGGCGAUUGGUCUGGCAUCGAAGGCGUAAGGUUUUUUUAUUUGUUUGAUAAUCUUAUAAUCACUAACUUUUUGUUUUGUUUAGGAUAA